AUGAUUCACAACGCGUUUAUCAGCCCGUUAAAAGCAAUUCCGGGUCCAAUAAUCAGUUCCGUAUCAUAUUUGUUAAUUGCCAUAAGAAGGCCUAAAGGUCGUGUUUUUGAAUGGUUUUACCAAAUGCAUCGUCAAUACGGUAACGUCGUGAGAGUUGGUCCAAAUCUCGUUUUAUUCUCCAGUAAAGAGGCCGUAAGACAAAUUCUUUAUGACAACGAAUUACCAAAACCUGACACCAUCUCCGGAAUUCGCACUGACCCGAACAUCGCCACCCUAUUCAGCGCAACUGACCGAAAAUUCCAUAAGCAACGAAGAUCUAUGAUAACGCCCUCAUUCUCCAUCAAGUUCAUCGCAUCCCUUGAGCCAUUCAUGCAAUCAUGUAUACAAGCGCUUGUCACAAAUUUGAACACCGCCACAUCACCCUCAAAUAAAACUCGGUUCAAUGAAAAUGGAUUACCGAUCGUUAAUAUUUAUCAAUUGGUUCAAGCAACGACGUUAGAUAUUAUCGGAGAGACAGCAUUCGGUGGUUCAUUUAAUUUGAUCGAAAAUGGAGAGCAUCCCCUUCCAGGAAAAGUUUUUCAAGAAUUAAGACGACGUGUGCUAAAUCAUACCUUUCCUUAUUUGAAACCAUUCUUUAAGAAUGAUUUGUGGACCGAUGAAUUUAUUCAACAGAUCAUAAGGGAUCGUAAGGAGUUGAACGCUCAGGGAACAAGACGGGAAGACAUCUUACAAACCUUGUUGGAUGCACGUGACACGAAAACGAACGAGGGAUUGUCGGAGUUUGAAAUUCGGGAUCAAACCCUGGAAUUUUUAAUUGCCGGUAGUGAUACAGGCUCAUUCACUAUUAACAUGGCGUUGAUCAUGUUACUUCAUCAUCCCGAGAAAUUACGUAACCUUCGGAACGAAUUGGAUUCGGCCUUCCCUGCCGGGUCACGUCAAUCGCCCGAACAUAAAACGCUUAAAAACCUUCAAUACCUUAAUGCGGUUAUCAAUGAAAUUUUACGUCUCUUCCCGGUGUCGAUAGCGGGAAUAUUACGUCAGGCAACAGAUGACAUAAUAAUCGAUGGAUACCACAUACCAAAAGGUACGAACGUUUCCGCAUCAAUUUACCAGAUACAUCAUUCAAAAGAAAUUUGGGGCGUGGAUGCGGAAGAGUUUGUGCCUGAACGUUGGGUGAAGGGUGAUCCCGUAGAAUUAAAAAAAUACAUCUUCUCGUUUGGAUCCGGAUCAAGAUUCUGUGUCGGAUAUAAUUUUGCCAUGAUGGAAAUGAGAUUAAUACUGGCUUCCUUAUUAUUGAAUUUUGAAUUUGAAAUGGUUGAAAAUCAAGAUUUACAAAUCGUUCAUUUUAUUACUCCGGCUUUAAUAACCAAAAAGUUCGACGUUGGCGUUAGAGUUAGAUGUUGA